CUUCUCCCAAAAGCUUAAAUUUUUGUGUGUGCAAGAUCCGUUGCAAGGAGCCCUUCCUAAGAUGUCCCUCAGCCGCCUGGUUCUUCCACUUCUGUUGCUCUUCAUAAGCAAGGGAAGUUGUGCCUCCAAACAACAGCACGAUAAUUUAUUGGUUCUUACUGUGGCCACCAAGGAGACGGAAGGAUUCAGGCGGUUCCAGAGAUCAGCUCAGUUCUUCAAUUACAAGAUCCAGGUCCUCGGGCUAAAUGAAGAGUGGCACGGGGGAGAGGACAAGAAGACGGCAGGAGGCGGGCAGAAGAUCCGCCUCUUGAAAUCGGCCUUGGAAGGCUAUGCUGUCCAAGAGGACUUGGUCAUUCUCUUCACAGAAAGUUAUGAUGUUAUCUUUGCAUCGGGCCCCACAGAGCUGUUGAAGAAAUUCAAGCAGGCUAAGUCCAAAGUUGUCUUCUCAUCAGAAACUCUCAUCUACCCUGACCGGCGACUGGAAGCCAAAUACCCUCAGGUCCGAGACGGGAAGCGUUUCCUGGGAUCUGGAGGGUUCAUUGGCUAUGCUCCUUAUCUCAGCAAGCUUGUAGCGGAUUGGCAGGGCCUUGACAGUGACAGCGAUCAGCUUUUUUAUACAAAUGUCUUCUUGGAUCCAGAAAAGCGGGGAAACCUCAAUAUCUCUUUAGAUCAUAGGUGUCGGAUCUUCCAAAACCUGAAUGGUGCUCUAGAUGAGGUGGUCCUAAAGUUCGAAAAUGGCCGAGUGAGAGCCCGAAACCUGGCGUUCGACACCCUCCCGGUUGUGAUUCAUGGCGAUGGCCCUACCAAGUUGCAGUUAAAUUACAUCGGAAACUACAUCCCACAGAUAUGGACCUUUGAGACGGGAUGCACGGUUUGCAGCGAAGGCUUGAAGAGUCUCUCUGGCCUCAAAGAGGAGGCGCUGCCAGUGGUUCUGAUUGGCAUCUUCGUUGAGCAGCCCACCCCGUUCCUUGCCUCCUUCUUCCAAAGGCUUCAGAAGCUGCACUACCCACAGAAACGCAUACAGCUGUUUAUUCACAACCACGAAGAGCAUCACCUCUCCCAGGUGGACAAUUUUGUGGAUGAGCACGGAGAAGAAUAUCGCUCCGUCAAAGUGAUUGGACCGGAGGAUCGCGUGGAGAAUGCUGACGCUCGGAAUAUUGGCAUAGAUCUGUGCAGACAGGAUCCUGUUUGUGAAUAUUACUUCAGCCUUGAUGCCGAAACGGUGGUGAAGAACCCGGACACGCUGCGGAUCCUGAUGGAACAGAACAAGUUUGUGAUUGCCCCGCUUGUCAACCGCCUGGGAAAGCUGUGGUCCAAUUUCUGGGGGGCCUUGAGUGCUGACGGAUACUACGCCCGCUCAGAGGACUACAUAGAUAUUGUUCAGGGACGAAGAGUUGGGCUCUGGAAUGUCCCGUACAUCUCUAGCAUCUACCUGAUAAAAGGCAGUGUCCUUAGAUCGCAGAUCGCUCAACCUGACCUUUUCCACAGUGGGAAAUUAGAUGCGGACAUGGCUUUCUGCCACAACAUCCGGGAGCAGGGCAUCUUCCUGUUUGUGACGAAUCAGCAGCACUUUGGGCACAUCCUCUCCUUGGAGAAUUAUCAGACUACCCAUCUCCACAAUGACCUUUGGCAGAUUUUUAGCAACCCAGAGGACUGGAAGGAAAAAUACAUCCACGAAAACUACACCGCAGCCUUAAAAGGCAAGGGGAUAGAAACGCCCUGUCCAGAUGUAUACUGGUUUCCUCUGCUCACUGACACCGCUUGCGAUGAACUGGUAGAAGAGAUGGAGAACUUUGGCCAGUGGUCCAAGGGAGAUAAUACGGACAGCAGGAUCCUGGGGGGGUACGAGAACGUGCCGACUAUUGACAUCCACAUGAACCAGAUCAACUUUGAGCGUGAGUGGUACAAAUUUCUCCUGGACUACAUUGCACCCAUCACAGAGAAGCUGUACCCUGGGUACUACACAAAAACCCAGUUUGAGCUGGCCUUCGUUGUGCGGUAUAAACCUGACGAGCAACCAUCGCUGAUGCCACACCACGAUGCAUCCACUUUCACCAUCAACAUUGCCCUGAACCAUGUAGGGAUUGAUUAUGAAGGCGGAGGCUGUCGUUUCCUGCGGUACAACUGUUCCGUCAGAGCGCCUCGCAAAGGCUGGACUCUUAUGCACCCGGGUCGCCUGACCCAUUACCACGAAGGCCUCCCCACCACCAAAGGGACUCGUUACAUCGCCGUGUCUUUUCUCGAUCCAUAGACGUACACCUUCCCAAGGGGAGCAAGAGAAAUACCUUUUCUUACCAGCUUUUGCACCAAAAACAAAAACCCUCCCAAAAUUCACUGAGCGGAUUUGCUUGGAUAUAGAUCUCUGACAUAAUCUCUCUUUCACACACACCGCCCGUAGCAGGGAAUCCAGCUGGUGCCUCCUACAGCAGUAAACAUAUUGUCAUAAACGAAAUAUUUGACAUUUAAUGGCAACUCAAAAUAUGCUGCUGAGCAGGCAGUCUUCCCUCACCUAAGGGUAGGACCACCUAGCUUGUCAGCCAGAGUUUCUGUUUCUUGUUAGUAUCCUUUAAUUUGGAUUUCUGCUUUGCCAUAGGGAGGGAACAUCUUGGAUUGGAAACUCGGUCAUUGUUUUGAAGAUGGCUGGGCCACCUCCUCCUUCUCUGCUUUUUCCUCCAAUCUGAAAAAAAACACACACACGCGCGCGCACACACAAAACAUUUCUGUUGGAUGAAACAAAGCUUGAAGCGACAGCAUGUUAGAGAGCUGUGAAGGACUGCAAGACCCUUCAGCCCCAUGCUGCGUUGGUGCUAAAUACAUGGUAAAAUGUGCUUGUGAAUUCUUUGUAGCCAAAGAAGGGGAUCCCCUCCAGUCAGUUACGCCAAAGCAAAUGCACAAGUGACUCCUGUCGUUCAGAAAUAAUUCCCAAAGCUGGAAGCAUUCCACACACCUCUCUGCAGCAGGACAAGAGACCGUCUUUUCAACUGGCAUUGCCCCACUUUCUGCAGGGGAGACACCAGGCCCAGGCAUUUUGCAGCCCUACUUGCUGUGCUGCAGGACCCCCCCUUGACCUGGCAUGGCAGGGGGAGGGCCCCAGAGGUGGCAAAUUGCCUUGAGCCACUUCUGAGCCUGUCUUCCCUAAAACCUUGGAGCUGGGCGGUGGCCGAAGCACCACCCGUCAGGUGUUGAACCAGCCCCAGAAAUUCUGGCAUCUGGAAUGCUUCUGAGGUUGUGAAGAGUGCCCGCUCUUUGAAAGGAAGAGAAGUGGGUUUUAUUCUUUACAUUAAAACGGACCGCAGACCAAAACACUUGUGAUUAUAAGCCACAGGCGUUUCGCUUCUGACAGAACACAGCUUUUGCAAAUAUCAAUGUAAGGAUAGAGUGCCUUUGAGCAUGUGCCAAGUGCCCCUGUUUCCGCAGGGUGCCAUCUCCCUUCUUUUAACUCAUGCAAGUAAAAAGAAUACUUGACAGCAACCUCCCCCUCCCCCCCAAUUACAUGGCCUUGCUAGCACUUAGGCAGAGGGAGAAGGUUUUGGCUGGACCAAUUGCAAUUAUACCAGGAACAAAGUCUUGCACUCCAGUUUCAUGCUCAUCUGUUUCCCUCACUUUGGUGCAAGGUCCAAGGCUGCUCAAAUCCAGUGCUGGUGAGAAGCUUUCCGAGAGCUGCACCUAUUUAUUCAAUAGAAUCAACCCUUCUUUUAGAUUUUUAAAAAAUCAGGAGGUCUAGAUGUACAGAUUUUUGACUGGAGAUUUUUACAUUAAAACUUUUACAA